CUGAUUCAUUCUGUCGAUUCUGCCAGCAGCAGAAAAUCGAUGCUGGGUGAGAAAGGGUGGUAUUAUAGACGUGUAGAAGUGAAUUCGUUGUACCAUUAAGGCUAUUGUGAAAGUAUUUGAAGGCGGAGGAUAUUGUAAGAGUUAGUUUCUGAGAAAGUGACGUUACUGUUUAAAGCAGCUGGUUAUAUAUAAUGCAACAGCUUUACAGGUGAACCAAUAAGGAUGAAUUUAGUUUCUUGUGACACUUUUGUGGUACUUCCACCACUUACUGCCCAUGGUGGUGUCAUUUUCGGUAAGAAUUCUGAUCGCCCUUAUGGAGAGGUGCAGGAAUUGGUAUAUCGACCAGCACAGCAGCAUCCUGCAGGAGAUAAGCUGCAGUGCACGUACAUCACUGUGGAGCAAGUAGACGCAACGCAGGCUGUAAUUCUCAGCAAACCAGCAUGGAUGUGGGGGGCUGAAAUGGGGGCCAAUGCUAAUGGUGUUGUUAUUGGCAAUGAAGCUGUAUGGACCAGACUGGGCAGCCCUUCAGACUGUGAUGAGAAGUUGCUGGGAAUGGAUCUGGUUAGGUUAGGUUUAGAACGUUCACAGACUGCAGAACAAGCUUUGGAAGUAAUAACUGAAUUGCUAGAGCGAUACGGACAAGGCGGACCGUGCUCAGACUUAAUGACAGAUUUUACGUAUCACAAUUCAUUUAUCAUUGCUGAUCCCAAAGAGGCUUGGGUGCUGGAAACUGCGGGAAAGGUCUGGGCUGCCGAAAAAAUCACAGCUGGAUGUCGAAAUAUCUCAAACGCUUUAAGUAUUGGGACCAAAAUUGAUAGAAGCUCUGCUGAUCUGAAGGAAGUUGCGCAAAAGCAUGGAUUUUGGGAUGGUCAAGGUGACUUCAAUUUUGCGAGUGUUUAUUGUAAAAGUAACGGAAGUGGUUCAGAACGGGAAAUCUGUGGACGUAAUCUCUUGAAGACCUUGUCUGCAGACAAUACCUUCGAUGUAUCCAAUAUGUUUGAAGUUCUGAGAGAUGAAGAUAGCGGAAUUUGUCGCAAGUCAGGUGAUCCCUUUCCUACAACCGGCAGCCAGGUGUCGUUAUUAAGUGCGCCAGGCAGUGGGAAACCUCAUUGUCAUUGGUUUACUGCGACUCCAAAUCCUCGGGCGUCUGUUUUCAAGCCAUUUAUAUUUACUCCUGCGGCAAGAAUUUCUCAGCAUACGUGCAGCCCGACGUUUGAAAAUGAUCCUGCUAAGGUAGUUCCUCGCUUCCAGAGAAGAGUGGAUCGAGCCCACACGCUUUACAAAUUGCAUGCAGGAGCUAGCGAUAGUGCUCGUUCCCUUCUCAAAGAUAUGGAGUUGAGUUGUGUGGUAGAAGUGAACAAGUUCCUGGAGGACUUUGCCCCUGGGCAGAGUCUUAAUGAAGUCGAUGAUCUCCUUAAAGAUGUUGUUGAAACGGAAGUCAAAUUCUACAAAUAAAUAAGUGGCUGGAGACAGAAUCAUAUUUCUAAUCAGGUUGGGUAAGAGACAGUUUCUUCUUCACCUUAACUGCGAAGAGCACAGCUGCCUGUUGGAUCACAUAGUCUUAAUAAGGAUGUUAUCAUUAGCAUUGUUUGUCCUCAGGCACUUUGUUUGGGGAAGAAAAUUGCAAGAAAUUGCUAUCUGAGAAAUUUUGGGUGGGGAUGGGAGUAGCACAUGAACAUGUGACAUGAAGUGCUUUGGCUUGUAUAAAUAAAUCUUUGAGUUACAUUCAGAGUUGUAAUUUUGAAAAUUCAGGAAUAAUUUUGCAAGCAUUAUUAGCAGUUCAUUGUUUUAAUUCAAUGAUUAAUACAUGAAUGAAUAUCCACAAGAGUAGAACUUUUACCUUAGAAGCAGCAGCUGAUUUUUUUUUGAACACGUGGUUUUGAAAGUGUAACAUUUUAUUUUUUGUCAUUUAUUUUAAUCCUUUUAUUUUUGGAGAAAGAAAUUUUGAAUAGACGACUGCACUGGUUGUAGAGUGUGUCCAUUGAUGUGUGGUAAAUUUUUAAAUCUUUCAAAGAUUUUAGGUUUUUACAGCGGUGAGUAUGAAGAGUUCUGUCUUCUGGGUUGUUGCGCUGUGUAGUCUCGUCGAUGUUAACCAUCGUUUCAGACCUCAUACUGCCUCCAUCAUCAGGGCGAUGAAUAUGCCAAUAGGGUGUGAGGUGCUAGGUUUAUAAGGCCGGACUGUGAAUGGAGUAGCCUGCCCCAAGCCAGUGGGAGCAGGCGUGGGAGUGGACCCUCUCUCUUUCCUUUCUCUCCCUCUCUCUCACACUCGCCCACGCACUCCUGUUGGUCCACUCCCAUGCCUGCUCCCGUAUUUCUGCUAUAUGGGUUUAUUGGACUUUUGACACAUUUCAUGGCUGGAAUCCAGUUUUCCAUUUGUACAGUUCCUAUAUAAGCCGUCAGGAGUGUAUGAGCCUGAUCUCUUAACAGAAUUAGAUUUGAAAGGCUAUACUUUUAUACUUUCUUCAUAAAUGAUUGGUUGUGAUUGUACUGAGGGAUUUUUAAUUUCUGUAAUUAUUUAUUGAGUUGCAGUGA